UUCAGUCUAGACACAAGUUACAAACAGUCAAUUCUGGAUUGGAGCUGAAUCUUCCUCUUCUUUUUUGGCCAAAGAGGUACAGCAUGUCCGAAAUGCUCGACGACAUCUUCACGAAGCAGAACUUUAUGAAGCUGAACCUGGAUGAUGGCUUACUCCCGGCACAGACGCAACCCAAAGUCCCAGGGCAGAGUCGGCUGAACCGGUCAGCCUCCUUCUUCUCUCCCCCCUCCCCUCCUGAAUCCUCGAGCCACAGCUUGAGCUCUGAGCAUGUUAAUAAUGACGACAAUGGCAGCCCUUUCUGGUCAUCCAAUAUCUGGAGCCAGGGCCCUGUUUCCAAACCGAAACAGCUCCCCUUCAGACCUGACCGCUCCAUGAGCCUGACCGAGUCCAGUAGCAGCCUGCUUUCCUCCUUUGGACAGCUGAAGAACCAUGAGGCUUUCCCCUCGGUCCCUGCUACUACUACUGUGGCUCCCCCGCCGGGCUUCCCUCCCUCGUCUCCCUUCCCAGCCCAGAUCCCUCCAAUGCUGUCCUCUAACCGUUACAAGACUGAGCUGUGCCGUGGCUUCCAGGAGACCGGCAGCUGCAAGUAUGGCAGUAAGUGCCAGUUUGCCCACGGCGAGGCAGAGCUGAGAGGACUGUACCGCCACCCAAAGUACAAGACGGAGCCCUGCAGAACUUUCUACAACUUUGGCUACUGCCCCUACGGCUCACGCUGCCACUUCAUCCAUGAGGAGAAAAUCAGCGGAGGUCCGUUAGCGUCUGCCAAUUUCCCUAAUCAGCGGCAGCCAACUCCCACAGCGCCCAGUGCUCAGAACCCACGCCACCAGCUCCGCCAGAGUGUCAGCUUUGCUGGGUUCCUGGGCUCUUCACGCAGCUCAUCUCCUCCAUCAUUCCCUUCAUCCUUCAAUGAUCUGAACGUGGGGUUUAGCCGUGCUCCCUCAGUUUCUCCACCUCCUGCUGAUCUCCUCUCCCCAGUGUUUGUCGACUCUCUGCAGCGGGAGGCAGCAGCAUUCCAGUUUGGCAACCAUCAGACCCGUGCCAGCGCUGGAGACAUCCACAACAUUCCUCUCAUCCUGGAGCCAAAGGCCUCGCGCUGUGUGUGUGGCCAUGGAAAUAACUUUAACAGCAACAACAGUAAAGUCUUCACCAGCAUGGAGGAGGAGGACAGGCACCACCACCAGGACAGCAGCAAGCUGUUUCCUGGCACUGGAGGCCACGGAGCGUUCAUGAAGCCUGCUGGACUCCAGCGUUUCUCCUCUGAGGACUCCCUGGAGGACAGCUACAGCAGCUCCAGCGGAGGCUCCAGUGGAACCGAGUCUCCAACGUUCGAUGGAUCAGCCACCAAGAGGCUCACCGUGUUUGAACGUCUGUCCCUGUCUGACUAAGGGAAACAAACAGAAGAGAACUGACACUUAACUGUGUCUGUCUAUCUGGACUUAACUUCACAACCAGAACUUAUCAGCUCUAGAGGACACAAUAACACUUAAAACUUAAUUUAUGUUUGUAAAAAUGGAACUUUUCUUGGACAAACUACACAUACUGAGAUUAGUACCCAAAUGUAUCAGACUCUAUUUUUAUACUUCAAAAUAUUGUGUAGCCUAUUGGACCUUUGUAUGUGGUCUUCCAUAGGAGCUAACUCUUCUGCAGGUCUUGACAGCACCAGUAAAUAGUCUGGUUCAUAGUUAGUGUAAAUUGUUAAGUGAUAACCAUUAAUUCCAGUGCCUUAAAGAUUCUCCCUGUCUCAUAGGCUAUUCACUCUCAGUGCCACGAACAGUAUGUUUGAUUCAGUAGCCUUAAUCAGUGAGACCUGACGUGUCAUUGAUGCCAUUUAAUCUGUGAUAUGCACUUUACAGCUAAUUCAAACGGGAGAGAAUGUUGAAUCUCCCAGUAGCAUUCAACCAAAGCUUCAUACUUCACUCUGCUCUGUGUGCGUCUGUGUGUGUGUGUAUGUGUGUCUGUAUAUACGCAUGUGUGGAUGAAUGUGUGUAACCUUGUCAUUUUUCUGAGACCUGGGGUGCAAGCGUAGAUGAGUUUCAGAAUGCUGGAAGAUCAAAGUGUGCUAACAGAAGAAAACGUUUGUCAGUGAGUUUAGAUCUUGAAUGUCUGUAUCCUGACAUACUUCAGAUUUAAUUUUUUUUUUUUUUUUUGUAAAACAUUCUGUUGCACCCCAUCUUAUAUCGUCCCCUGUUUGUUUGACAACCUGGUUCAGGGACUUUAACACCACAGUAUUCCUUAUGGUUAUUGGUCGCCUUGUGUUUAACUUAAACUAAUAUAUUUAUUAUGAUAUUUAUUUGUGUUUAACGAAAAGAAAAAUGUAUUUUGUACUUUAUUUAUGGAGAAAUAUUUCAAGCUCUGUGAAAUACCAAUGUGAGAAAAAGCAGUAAAAAAGAGAAUCUUAUAUUUUUAAUUUCCUGAAAGGGACUAAAUAAAUUUCUGAAUAAAGAAAAGAAUGUAUGCUG